CCCGCCUCACUUUUUUUACGACCAGAUGUUGAACCACUAUUAAUGUUCCUUUUGCGGAUAAAACUCGUCUAUAGAGAUUUUACCCAAUGACCGACACUUUUAUAUUUUUCGGGAACGAUUCGUCUAGGUGGUUUUCGAUGGUGUUUCGGGAAAGCUGAUUUACAAUUUGUAUACAGAGGUGAUGCGUAUUGGAUAUGUAAUAUAUAUAUAUGUAUAUAUAUAUCUGUCAUCGUCCCUGUGUAUUCGAUAGACAUGAUAUCUAUUCGUCACAGAAAGUACUGUUACUGCAGCGAGACAAUAUGCGAGGACUCGGCGGUGUGAAUGUAGCAGAUGUAACUACAAGUAGAACUUAUCUCAUCUUGGAUUUAUCAAACUUAUCAGUCUGACAAAGAGUCAGGAACAUCAUUGAUCCGUCAAAGUGGGACAGCCGGGAAUUAAAAUGUCCAAAAACGACUCAGAAUCUUCCGAGUUGGAUCUUAGGAUUAUUAUCACAAAGUUGUCGAAGCAAUGCAGACGGGACUCCAAUGGAGACCUGAUACCGCUGAGCCAGCUGACAGAGGAUAAAGUUCAUGAAUACAAAGAGGCAUUUAACAUGUACGACAAGGACCAUGACGGAAUCAUCUCCACACAGAAGUUGGGUGCGGUACUGCGAGCGCUGGGACAUAACCCUACAGAGAUCGAGAUGCAAGAGAUGAUUGACGAGAUUGAUUCUGAAGAUACCGGUUCUGUUGACUUUGAAAGUUUUCUGGACGUUGUCAUGAGUCGUGACAUUGAUGACGAAGACCACGAAAGGGCGCUGCGUGAGGCCUUUAAAAUGUUUGACAGAGACGGGAAUGGCUACAUAGACGCAGAGGAACUGCGGCUUUGUAUGAUGAACCUUGGAGAGAAGCUUACACAAGAAGAAGUAGAGGAAAUGAUACGAGAGGUUGACGUAGACUUUGAUGGGAGAAUGAAUUAUGAAGAAUUCGUCAAGCUGAUGUGUACCAAGUAUCCGUUGACGUAGUUUCCAUGGUGACGUCGAUAUCAAUAUGACGAUCUCCAUCAACAAAAACUUUGCCUCAGGAUUGGACGUGUCGCUUGUGAUGCGUCAUUUGAUACGUCAUGAGAUGGAAAUGAUAGUCUAGUCCAACUAAUAUGAUGGCGCGGUACAUUACAAAUAUUUUGUGACUGAUUAAUCUACAUCUACUCGUUAACUUACACGGUUCCUUACGGGUCACGUGGUUUUGACAAAACAAUCGGAUAUUGGAAAUGUGUGUCCUGAAGCUGUGUGAUCGACACAAGCUGCGGAAAUGACGAUGGCAUACUUUUCCAUUAUCAAAUUUAGUACUGACUGACGAUUAACGUCUUUACUCAAACUACAACCUUGGGUUUUUCAUUGGAAAGUGCGAUCUUCUCAAUGUGAUCAACGCACAGUCUUGGAUACCAGAACAUGUCAUCACGAUGAGUCUAUGCAUAGAAAUGAAUGGUGUGAUAUUAUGUAAAUAGUGAUUUAUUUGCAUGCACCCUAAAUAGAGAAACGUGUUUGAGCUAAGAGAAGAAAUGGGUAAUGGUUGUUUUUGGAUACUAGUUCAGAUAUUUAAUUUCAUCCACAGUGUAAAAUUUUAUAUGUGCAGGACGUUAUCUGAUUUGAAGAUUUUGGAAAUUCAAAUAAUAAUGAUGAUAAUUGUGUUUGUUGGGCUAUGGUGUGCAAAUUUGUAAAUUUCUUCACAUCUAGUGUAAAGAUUGACAUAACUGUGCUGAUAACUUGGGUUGCAAUGUUGGCGGCACGUUUAGAGACGAAUGCGUAAAAUGCUGAGAAAGUGACAUUUUAUUGUUUUGGAUGUUUUAUGUUAGGUGUUGACAACAUUAGCUACCCUUUUACGACAACAUUUAUGUGUCCAUUUCUCUUUUAUCCUUCGGGUUGCGUUACUUGUUUGUUUAUGGUCCGAUGAAUAGCCAGGACCACUUUGAGAUGGGGGUCUUCUGAACAUCAUGCGGGAGGCCGUUCGCAAGCUACUAAGAUAAAUUUGCAUAGAGUAUCUUGCCCAAGAACACAAAAAUGACAAUACAUCAUGACUUGUGUUCUCAACUUCCUGGCCAACACAGCACGCCACUGGUAGGAAUAUGGCUAGUUAUUCUUCAUCCUAAGUCAAUUAGUGUGAAUCUCUAGUGAAAUGAAAGUGUGAACUCUGGCAAAAGAGCAGAUUUUGUUCAUUGUUUCUCAAACUUUAUACGCCGUACACACAACUUUGGAUCAGGAACGUCAGUUUGAUAUAUGUAUUUAGAUAGGUGUAGACAGGACCCAUGCUCACGCGUCGGUUCCUGUAGGUUAAAUGUCAGUAUCUAGGUUAACACGGGAAAUAUUCUGUUCUUUAUGACAACCGGUAAGAAUGAUGGUGGUAGGCGUGAAUCAGUGAACUGGCCUCCCAUGACUAUUUUGUCAUGUAUUUAUUUUUAUUCUGAAGAAUAUCAUUGAUAAUUGAUACAUUUCAACCACUGGCUGUUAAUUUAUUAUCAUAUUUGUGGUUUCCUGUUGUCUGUUGAUAUCCCUUGUUUACUUCAGGAAUUCUUUCAACUGUUAUCGGUAUUUUUUGUAUAUAUAUGUAUUUAUACAUGGAAUUUAUUAACGCCGAGUACAUGAUGAAUUACCCUGUUUUAUUGAAUGUAUGAGAGAAGAAAGCCUGAGUUUAUAACGACUGAUUUUUUUUGUAUAUGAAUUGCACCAGAUAAUCACAUUUGUAUACUUGUUUAUAUUUCAAUCUCUAUAACAGCAUGCACCGAAAUACUGAAAAAAAAUCUUAAACACAAACUAUUAAAGCUUUGCUCCAAUCAGUAUUCCUGAAAUGAGUCUUGAUGUUUCGUUUUAAUCUACAUUACAAAUAUUCUGUACAAAACAGAACCGUGCAACAAUUAUGAAGUGCUAAAAUGAUAUUCAAUAACAUUGAUAGACAGAUAUGUCUAUAAUUAUUGACUUUGGCCAAGUCUUUAACGUUAUCAUAUCAAACUUCUUUAAUAUGAUGUAAGAUAGAGUCUUACCACUGCAUUCACACAUUCUAAUGUGUAAAUUCUUGAUUGAAAACAAAAUUAUUGCCAUUUUUAUCAUUUAAGGACUUCUGGAUGCACUGAAAGAACAUACCAUAGCGAGAUUUUCCUAGAGACCAAAUAAUGCCUCAUUGAUCCGCAGCUCAACCAGGGAGAUAUCUAAGGUUACGGGUUGUGUCCGGAUACUACUGUCAAUGUAAUAGAAUUCUGGACGAUACAAAGCAACCAAAAUAGAGUACGGAAAACAUCAUUUCGGAAUCUUAAAAUUUAUUUAGAUAAGGAUUCUUUUGUAUGUGUGUAAAUCGAAUGAACUGUAUGAUUUUUAAUGACAUUUUUCAUAAAUUAUUGUAGGUAUUCUGUUCAAAUCAGUGUCCAUCCGUUAAUAUGCCUGUAUACCGAAAGGUUGCCGGUCAGUAUGAGUGUAUUAUUAUCCAUGUAACUUGUCCAUUUAUAUUAUCCAUAUUUGAUCGUUACUGGGUUUUUUUCUAUGUAAAAUAGCUACCCAUGUCAUUUGUUCAAUCUUCUCAUAUCUUAUAGCGUGAACAUUUUCACGGAUAUCCUUCAGCUACCUACGUUGUAAACUGGAGUAGAAAUAUGGUACAGUAUGUUGUUACUGUGUGUGGCUUUUCGAAUGGAAUUACAUUUUUAUAGUAGCUGUUUUUGUAAUCCGACUUCAAAAUAGUCUUCAUGGUGAUAAUAACAACGAUUAUCUUAUGCAAUGUUCGUGAUAAUUACAAAGAGAAAAAUUAUUUAUUUCGGUGAAUGAUAAUUUCACUCGCAAUUAAUUCAAUAUUUUGUUAAUAAUCUGUUUUGUUGAAUAAAAUUGGUAUGUUUAAUGUUACGGGAAAGAAAUCUUCUGGGAUACCGACACAAGUCUCAUAAAUAUCCCUUUCAGUGGUGUAUAAUGAAGGAAACGUUACAUUAUGUAAUUAUUUUCCGGAUCUUCUAAAUUUAGAAUUGUUUAUACGAAAGAAUGUUUGAAAUAAUUGUAUCAAAAUCUUGGAAUUUCACUUUUUGUAUGAUAUUGGUGGAUUAGCUAUAUCUUGGUGACACGUUGUAAUUAUCUGGUUUAUUUAUUGGUGGAUCUGUCAAUAUUUUAUGUUAACACUAUUAAUUCAUUAUACAAUUUGUUUUAAAAUUUCAUCACUGCAUCUUGACUUUGGUCAUUCGACACUCCUAUAAAAGGAACGAGAUAAUAUAAAACAUCUUGGUCUCAAUCUUACUUCUAACUCAAUGAAGCAAGGAUUAGAUAUAAAAAAGGAGACACGUGAAGGCAACAAUAAAGACAGAAAUGACCCGGUAGUUUGAAGAAGAAGGCCGCUUCUAAUUUUACAAUUGUAAUAAACUCGUUAAUUUCUAAGGCUUUAAUGUAGUUGUGUAUGUCGAGCUCUGUGUCAUGGUCCUGAGCCAAUUACCUGAAAUAAUUAUUUUAUAAUAUGGUAAUGUUUUAUUACAUGAUUAAUUGUUUAUAAAUAAUAUAUUGUGCUUCCGGUUUUGUCAAAUACCAGGUGAGUGUAUUCUUACGUUGUCAAAUAAGAGUUCCGUAUGAGUAUCUUUUUUUCUCUCGAUGAAAUGUAUUACAUCAACAUUAAAAUCAGGUAUAUAUAGC